CUAUAGAAACGGCUCCAACACCUGCCCUCCCGUGACACCUUGGCGCUGAGCGGUAGGAAAACGGUAUGAUACACACGAGACUUCUACCGUCACCUGGGCAUAACGGGGCACGCAACCUGACUCUCUGCAUGUGCCUUUUUAUGAAGUUGUUCCCGUUACAUUCAGAAACAUUUGUACCAGGAAGUAUUUACCUGGAUAGCAUGCACGCUGGAAGAACUCAGCUAACUUCAAAGUAGCCUAACUUUCGUUCAGGUUGGACUAUUUUAUGCGAAGUUCCAGAUGCUCAUUUGAAAAUGUGGACUGAAUGGACCUAAAAUAUCCGGUAAUGGCGUAUCGAUAAUGACGACCGUCCUAUCCUGUAACAGAAGUGGUCAACUACGUUGAAAUUGGAUGCAUCUUUAUUUGUGUGGGGAAAUGAUCUAGCACAGCCUUCGAUACUUUCACCCCGAUCGUCAUGAACUCCGAAAAGCCCAGUUUUCUAUCGCAACCUGUUGUGAAGAACAUUUUCGUGUAUCGAAAUGGAGAUCCGUUUUACGAGGCUCGCCGGUUAGUGGUAAACCAAAAGAGAGUGUCCAAUUUCGAUACUUUUCUUCGAGAUGUGACGGGGGGUGUGCAGGCUCCGUUUGGAGCGGUUCGGAACAUCUACACCCCUCGAAUGGGCCAUCGGGUGGCCUGCCUGGACCAUCUACAGAGCGGGGAACAAUAUGUCGCUGCCGGGAGAGAGAAAUUCAAGAAAUUGGAUUAUUCACAGAUAGGGUCCAGAAAGAAGAGGAUGCUCCUUACUUCUUCAGGGCAGGCUAAACCGGUGCCCCAGAGUCGAAUCAUUGUAUCAGCCAGAUUCCUGAAACCCAUCAAAGAACCCUGUUCGAUUUUCGUGGUAGCGAAUGGUGAUGUGAUGACCCCAGCGUUAAGACUGCUGAUACCCCAACGGAUACUGGGCCAAUACGACAGGGUUCUGGAGAUGAUCACUGACAAAAUGGGUUUGAGAAUCCUGGGGUGUGUACGAAGCCUUUACACCUUUGAUGGAAAUCAUGUGAACGAGGGAAAGGACUUGGAAAGUGGACAGUUGUACGUGGCUGUUGGGAGAGACAAGUUUAAAAGACUUCCCUACAGUGACCUUCUGUUCACCAAACCAAGGGGAAUACGAAGGACUACAGGAUCCAAAGCUUCCUCAUUACCUCCCAUAUACACAUCUGGAAAGCAGAAAGAACAGUGUAAAAGUUUGACGGUGAACCACAGUAAGUCUAUGUGGCGGUGCAGAGAGCCAGCAGACACCAAGAUAUCUGCGCACGAUACGGACCGCACGUCGUCCAUCGUCAGGCAGAUCUCCCAGCAGAGACUCAUGAUCCUCAGGAAGAGGAGGAGUGGUCUCAGUAUCUCCCUGGGAACACAGGACAACGGUAGGAAUGACCCCUGA